UUAAGGAGGCCGUAACCGAUAUCUAUCGGAGAUGGUCCGGAGCCAGUGGCAGCGGAGGCGGUGGUUCAAAUGCGGUGCUGGUGGAGAUGAGCAAGUGGUUUGGGGAUAUAAAUCUGAAGGUGAUUCUUAGGAUGGUGAUAGGAGACCGAUGUUUGGAAGAUGGCGGCUCCACCGACGAUCGGUUUCAGAGGGCGUUGAAGGAGUUUUUCUAGCUGAUGGGGUCGUUCGUGGUGGGAGAUGCUAUUCCGUUUCUGAGGUGGUUGGAUGUGGGGGGAUACGAGAGGGAAAUGAAAAGAACCGCGGCGGAAUUGGAUCGCGUGAUGGAGGAGUGGUUGGAGGAGCACAAGCGGAAGAGGCCGGUUACGGCGGAAGACGGCGACGACUUUAUUGAUGUGAUGCUGUCCGUCAUCGACAGCAGAGACGUGCCGUCCGAUUAUGAUCUUGAUGUUUUCAUCAAAUCUACAUGCUUGGCUCUCGUGUUGGGGGGCUCCGACACCUCAACUGUGACGUUGGUAUGGGCUCUCUGCUUGGUCCUCAACAAUCCCCACAUUCUAAAGAAAGCCCAACAAGAAUUGGACGCCCAGGUUGGGAGACAGCAACAACUACAGGGAACUCAUAUCAAACACUUGGUAUACAUCCAAGCCAUCAUCAAGGAGACCCUACGCCUUUACCUCGCUGCGCCUCUAGGAGCACCUCACGAAUCCAUAGAAGAUUGCACCGUUAGUGACCACCAUGUCCCCGCCGGCACACGCCUGGUGGUGAACUUGUGGAUGGUUCACCGAGACCUGCAAGUCUGGCCCGAUCUAGAUGAGUUUUGGCCGGAGAGACUUUUGGCAACCCACAAGGAUGUGGAUGUGAGGGGGCAGAAUUUUGAGUUGAUCCCAUUCAGCAACGACAGAAGAAUGUGCCCUGGAGUUUCUUUUGCUCUUCAGAUUGUGCAUUUUACACUAUCCAAUUUGCUGCAUUGGUUUGAGAUUGCGACUCUAGACAACGACCCAGUUGACAUGAGGGAGUGCUUUGGUCUAACCAUGACUAAGGCAACGCCGCUGGAAGUCCUCCUCUCACCUCGCCUGCCUUCUCACCUAUAUGUGUAA